ACUCUUUGGUACGAAGUAAGGUUAGAUGUCAGAAAAGGUCUCGUAAUACAUAAAUAAAUUUAUAUUUUCCCGAUGUAAUGUAUGAUUUAAAUGUUGAGCGUACUAACAACCAAUUAUAGUUAUUUUCUCCAGUUAUAGGAGCAAAACGUCGUCAAACGUCAAACUUAAAGCGAUGAACAUGAAAUUUAGGAUUUUAACUUUUUGUUUACAUAUUAUUAAAAGCUAUGUCGCAACAGCUUGAAAUGUUUGCAAAUGGAUGGGCGAUUGACACAGUUCCACCUACUGACCUCAACGGACCCGAAACAGACUAUCACCCUGUCUUCAAAGCUUUUCUUGCCGGCUCCUUCUCUGGAACUUUCAGUACAAUUUUGUUCCAGCCUUUGGACUUGGUGAAGACGAGAUUGCAGAAUCCUAACCAAAAUGUUAUUGCGGCGACUGUCAAUAGCCGAAUCCAACCCGGCAUGAUCUCGAUUUUUACUAAUAUUGUUCGCACGGAGCAAAUUGCUGGACUUUGGCGUGGUAUGGUACCAUCUGUUGCUCGUUGUGUCCCUGGGGUUGGUCUAUACUUUUCUUCUCUUCACUGGUUGAAAGUUAAGCUAGGAAAAACCAGAAAUCAAGAUUUGGGAGCAAUGGAAGCAGUUGCGCUUGGUGUAAUGGCCAGGACCAUGAGCGGAGUUGCGUUGAUCCCGAUCACUGUUAUCAAAACGAGGUAUGAAUCUGGUGUAUACAAAUACGAUAGUCUCGGUGGAGCUCUAAAAGCUAUCUACAAGGCUGAAGGUAUUCGAGGUCUCUCCUGUGGUCUGGGCCCUACACUUGCCAGGGAUGCUCCAUUCUCUGGACUAUAUUUGAUGUUUUACACUCAAGCUAAACAAGCUGUUCCAAAAGAAUGGCUACAAUCGCCCAGUGCCGCCAGUGCGAUCCACUUCAGCUGCGGUAUUGUCGCCGGCAUAGCAGCUUCUCUGGUCACCAACCCAGCUGAUGUCCUCAAAACCAAGAUGCAACUGUAUCCCGACAAGUUUCCUAACGCUUUCACCGCUGCUGUAUACAUACAUCAGACUUAUGGCGUGAAAGGCUAUUUUAAAGGAGCAGUGCCUCGAAUGUUGCGUAGGACUCUGAUGGCUGCUGUGGCUUGGACAGUCUUUGAAGAAAUAACUCGCACUAUAGGCUUGAAAUGACACAGUUACAGUUUAUUUUUUAUCUUAAAUUUCUGUUGAUUCAGUUAAAUAUAGUUGUACUUGCCCCCUACAAGGAAGUACGAAAUUAGGUGUUGAAAAACACCAAGCAAAAGUGGAUGAUGGUCAAAUAAAAAAUCGAUAGUUAUCAGGUGCUAUGUUCCUAGUUUUAUCAUUUCGUAUAUCGAAUAAUGUUGCUUUAUAUAAAGAUAAUUAUUUUUUUAUGUUCUUUUAUCAUAUUAUCAUGAUAAUUUGUAAUCCUUAUGUUAUUUCGACAGUUUUUUAGUCCAUUUUAGUUGGGUUUCUCGAGAUUGUUAAGUAGUGAUCUAUCGUUAGAAAUGUUAAAGUUUCUCUGUUUUUAUUAAUUUGUUGUAAAGUUUAAUAACUUCAAAUACACGAUUUAUUUCCAAUGUAAAAUGUGAUAUUAAUAAACGUUGUAAAACAUU